CGCGGUGCGUCGUUGUGUGGUGGCGGAAAGAUGGCAGCGGCCAUAGAGUAAGCGGCGGCGGCGGGCCCAGCGCCGGGCCCCGGUGCAGGGUGAAGAUGAAGUAGUGCUCUGACCAUGGACCAUGAUGCCCCCACAAUCAAGCCCCGCCGCAUCCAGAACCAGAAUGUCAUCCACCGCCUCGAGCGCCGUCGGAUCAGCUCUGGCAAGGCCGGCACCCACUGGCACCAGGUCCGAGUUUUCCACCAGAACGUCUUCCCCAACUUCACCGUGGUCAACGUGGAGAAGCCGCCCUGCUUCUUGCGCAAGUUCUCCCCCGAUGGACGCUACUUCAUCGCCUUCUCCUCCGACCAGACAUCCCUGGAGAUCUACGAGUAUCAGGGCUGCCAGGCGGCAGAGGACCUCCUGCAAGGCUACGAGGGGGAGAUCCUGGCUAACGGCAAUGACCAAAGAUCUGUCAACAUCCGAGGGCGGCUCUUUGAGCGCUUUUUCGUCCUGCUCCAUAUCACCAAUGUGGCCUCCAACGGGGAGCACCUGAACCGUGAGUGCAGCUUGUUCACUGAUGACUGUAGGUAUGUCAUCGUUGGCUCUGCUGCUUACCUCCCCGAGGAGCCGCACCCGCCCUUCUUUGAGGUUUAUCGCAACAGUGAGUCGGUGACCCCCAACCCUCGCUCCCCUCUGGAAGAUUAUUCCCUGCAUAUCAUUGAUCUCCACACGGGCAGGCUCUGUGACACGAGGACUUUCAAGUGUGACAAAGUCAUCCUCUCUCAUAACCAGGGGCUGUACCUCUAUAAGAACAUCUUGGCCAUUCUGUCUGUGCAGCAGCAGACGAUUCACGUCUUUCAGGUGACACCCGAGGGGACUUUCAUCGACGUGCGGACAAUCGGCCGCUUCUGCUACGAGGACGAUCUGCUGACGCUGUCUGCGGUGUAUCCCGAGGUGCAGCGGGACUCUCAGACGGGGAUGGCAAACCCCUACAAAGAGCCCUUCAUCAACUCUUUGAAGCACAGGCUGCUGGUGUACCUGUGGAGAAGGGCAGAGCAGGACGGCAGCGCGAUAGCAAAGAGGAGGUUCUUCCAGUACUUUGAUCAGCUGAGGCAGCUCCGCAUGUGGAAGAUGCAGCUUUUGGAUGAGAACCAUCUGUUUAUCAAAUACACUAGUGAAGAUGUGGUCACACUGCGGGUAACAGAUCCUUCACAGCCUUCAUUCUUCGUCGUGUACAACAUGGUGAGCACGGAGGUCAUAGCCGUGUUUGAGAACACGUCCGAUGAGCUGCUGGAGCUGUUUGAGAACUUCUGUGACCUCUUCAGGAACGCCACUUUGCACAGCGAGGCGGUUCAGUUCCCCUGCUCUGCUUCCAGCAACAACUUUGCCAGGCAGAUCCAACGCCGGUUCAAAGACACUAUUGUGAAUGCCAAGUACGGGGGACACACAGAGGCCGUGCGGAGGCUGCUGGGCCAGCUCCCAAUCAGUGCCCAGUCGUACAGUGGCAGCCCGUACCUCGACCUCUCCCUUUUCAGCUAUGAUGACAAGUGGGUGUCCGUCAUGGAGCGGCCCAAGACCUGCGGUGAUCACCCUAUAAGAUUUUACGCUCGUGAUUCUGGCCUCCUGAAGUUUGAAAUCCAGGCGGGACUCCUGGGGCGGCCCAUCAAUCACACCGUGCGACGCCUGGUUGCGUUCACCUUCCACCCCUUCGAGCCCUUUGCCAUCUCGGUGCAGCGCACGAACGCGGAGUACGUGGUAAACUUCCACAUGAGGCAUAGCUGCACGUAGGGCAACGCGUGGGCAGGGCAGCUCUUCUCCUCGGGUCUGGGCCUCUGCCACAGACAGACCAAAGCCGGGCACUCACACCUUCUAGGAAACCAAACCAUCGAUCGCGUCGAGAGGUCUGACCUGGGAGCUCCCACCUGCCGGCAUCUCGCAGUGCCCUCAGCUGUGAAAAGGUGAUCUGUUGAAGUCAGACCUGCAAAUAUUUCUUCUCACUCUUUUCGUACCGCAGUGGUUCCCGCUGCGUUAAGCACUGCUGUUGUUCCUUAUUCCUGUUGAUGAACAAAGUGUAGCUGAGGUUUGUUUCUCGAUUUCCCAGAGGCAUGUCUGUUUUCUCUCCUGUUGUAUGUCUUAGGAUGGCAACCAUGGAGCUUUGCAACAUAUUUGUGGAGCGCUCCCUUCUGCACUGAUGCUUUCCUACUUUGUCAAGACAAACAGCCUGUCCUAGAGGGAAUGGAUAGAAGCCACGGGGAGAGCUUAGAAAUACAGCUACCCGUAUUUGUAUCACCAGUAUUACUAGGGAAAUGAAAUCCUGUUCUCAUCCACACCAUCUACUCACACGAUUUUAAUAUGCAAGAGGUUAGGAAAAAGCUGUGAGAAAUCGUUGGAACUGAGAGAGAUGAGGUGUAUUCCUGACUUUUAUGCAAGUAAUUUAAUCUUUGUGCCUUAGUAUCCAUAAAGCCCCUAAGUGGAAGGUGGUAAGAUAGUACCACAAACCUGUGCAGCUGAUUGCGUCUCUGAUGCAUGAAAAAGUGGGCAACAAGGAGGGAGGGUGGCUGGGAGGAGUUUGGAGAAUAACAGCAGCUCCUUGCUCUUGAAGGGUUUCUUUCUGCAGUGUGGAUGAAUCCUUAUGGGCAUCUGCAGGCUUGCUGCUGAGCAGAAGGGAGUCCCAGCUGCUGGCACCCUUCUGUGUGCUGGAGAAUGACCGUGGAGAACUAAUAGCAUUUGGGUUUUUCCAGGAAGGAGGGAGGAGACCUGAAUUACUGUGCAUUGCUGCAGGUUUGCAGUUAAGAGAUGAGUUGACUUACGUUGCUUACCUAUCCCUGUUUGAUACGCUGUUCUCUGUGAGAACCCUUUUGGGUAUUCCCAGGCUUCAAAGCACAGCUGGCUGGUGCAUCAUGUUCGGCGUGGUGCUGAGUGGACCACUGCAGUGUCUAUGCUGCCUAGAAAUUAAGCUCCUAGGUGUAAUACUGUUUGUCCUGUUAGUUGGUGUGGCCUGCCCUCCUCUGUUAAAAGCGGAAUUCUUGGUUGCAGAGCAGCAUUUGUGUUCUGCUGCACACAGACUUGUGACUGUGUGCUAUCAAGCAUUGCAGCCAUCCCACGUGAGUUACAGAGGGGACAUCAGAAAAUUGGUGCUUGUGCACGGGAGACACCUGCUUUAAAUGACCCUGUUGGUGUCAUCUUUGGACCAAAGUGGGCUGUGGGUGAUGUGUUGUGGCCACAUGCCUGUGAAGAACAGUACUGAUGUCAAACAGUCAUUUUGCAUAGUAAAGCAUAAGAAAAUAACUUUGUGUGUUGAUGGUGCCUGCAUGAAGCAUGAAUGUGGGACCUUGCAGGGGAAGGUGGCUGAGGAUCUUCAAGUCAGCCUUUAGUCUCUGUUCUAUGGUAUUUACUUUCCCGGCCAUGCUAAACUUAAUUCUAGGACAAGAUGCUGUAUUUCACUGCUCUUUUUCUGGUUUAUGCACUGUGGGUUUCUCAGGUGUUUCAGGAAUGACUUCAAGGUUGGAAGACUGCUAAUAGAGGGAGCAUCAGGCCAUGUGUGCUUUAGGUCUGGGUUCCUCUCCAUCUAAUAACACUAUUUGUCAAGGUUUUAGGUUUUAUCCUGUGAUCUGUUCCUCAAAUAUUCAAUUAAAGCUCCAAGUGGAGAAUCAUUUGCACAUAGUAGAUCAUGGAAUUAUCUUCUUCCUGCACCACUCUCACGUUUGUUCACACUUUCAGUAUGAGACUAUUUUUGUUUUCUCCAAAGCUCUCAGCAGCUCCGUUCAAGACUGGCUUUAUGCCUUGAUGUCAGCCUGGGAGGUCAGUGCUUAUUAAAAUAGCUCCCAGGUCUCCGUUUAAAUGUUGUUUGUUUGUUUGGGUUUUUUUUGGGUGGCAAAAAUAUAAAGCAUUUUUAUAUUAGCAUUUCUGCAGUAGGGGCUUUUGCCAGAUUCAGGCAGUCCUGUGUGAUGCAGAGAGCAUGGCGUGGGUUGUUGGACUCGGGGCUGCGAGACCAGAGGUCUGCUCUUAUUCUGCUAUUAAAUUGUUUUGUCACUGAGGGCAAAUCUAUUCCUGUUCCAUCCGGUGUUUUCUUCUCUGUAAAUGAGGCCAAAAACAUAUUUUCAGCUUUUGUAAAACGCUUUGAGAUUCAUGGACAAAAAGUGCUGGGUGAGUGCUAAGUAUUUUCUUAUUAUGUUUGCAGACAAACUGAUUGAUUCAUUCUGGGUACUAAUUGCCUUUGAGUAGCAUUGCAGAUCCUCUGGUCGUGGCUGCUGCAUUUUAUAUCUACAACAGAGUUAAUUUUAUUACAGAAAUGCAUUGGAAGAAAAAAGUCUCUCAUACUUGAAAUUUUGAUUCUUUAUUCAUUAAAACAACAAAAAAAAAAAAAAGUGGGGAGGGGGGGAGGAAAGGGCAAAUAUUUUCUACCUGAUAUUUUUCCUAGGCUAGGAUGAAGAUUUGUUAGCAGCACAACACAAAAAUGGAAUAAACAGAAUUUGCUGUAAGAGCUCGAUUGAUUGUUUUUGUUUUCUCAGAACCUUAGUGGUGCAGCCAGGAGUCCCAUUGUUAGGAAGAGAUGGUAGGGAUGUGUGCUGGGCUGUGCAGAAUUAUUACCCGCCAGUUUCUGGCCUCUUC